AUGGACGGGCAGCCCCCGGCGGGCCCCGCCGCGCCGCGCUGGAGCCGCCGAGCGAGCCCCCGGCCGCAGCCCCUCGCCUGGAGCAAGCCGCGGCCGCAGUCGUACCAGAGCCCCAGCGGAGUGCUCGUCACCGACUUCCCCGUGGAGGACAGGUGCGCCGUGCCCGCGACCCGGCCCGCCGGCACCGGCAGCCCCGCCAUGGCAUCGCUGCCCAACGGGACCGUGCGCCCGCCGGGCUCCCCCGCGCUGCCCCCGCAGCGGCGCUCCCGGGAGCUCGCCCUGGCUCCGGACGGCCCCGUGGGUUCCACCGCGAACGGCACGGUGUCCCCGGCGGGCAGCGGGCACGGCCGGCGGCCGCCCGGCGCGGCGGGGCUGGCCCCGCAGCAGGAGCGGAUCGUGUUCGGGACCAGCGCCCCGCCGUGCCCCCGCGCUGCCGAGCCCCCCGAGGAGCCGGGGGGAUCCCCCGGGAGCGGCCGGGCGGGCGCGGAGCCCCCGGCGCUGCUGAGCACCGACAGCCCCGCGGCGCGCAGGGUGGGCUCGCAGCAGCUGAUCCCCCGCAGCCUGGCCGAGAGCCGGCCCCUGGCCGAGAGCCGGCCCCAGCCCCGCGAGAGGGGCCUCAAGGCUCGCAGCCUGGUGGAGCCCCCGCGGCCGGCCCUGGGCAGCGACCCCGAGGACGAGCCCGAGGGCGGCCCGGGCGCGCUGCGGCGGGGGCUGCGCUCCACGUCCUACCGCCGGGCCGUGGUCAGCGGAGUGGACCUGGACGGCUCCGCCAACUGCAAGAAGAAAAACAGAAUGUCGCAGCCCAUCCUGAAGGCGGUGGUUGAAGAUAAAGAGAAGUUCUCGAGCCUGGGGAGGAUAAAGAAGAUGCUGAAAGGACAAGGGACGUUCGAUGGGGAAGAAAAUGCUGUAUUAUAUCAGAACUAUAAGGAAAAAGCUCUGGACAUAGAUUCAGAUGAAGAGUCUGAGCCCCAAGAGCAGAAGUUGGAUGACAAAGUUGUUUUUCCCUAUAAGCCCCUGAGGUCGACGUGGAGCCAGCUCUCUGUGGUGAAGAAGAACGGACUGUCAGAAGCCAUCAGCCAGGAGGAGAGGAAAAGACAGGAGGCAAUAUUUGAGGUGAUCUCUUCUGAGCACUCCUAUUUGCUGAGCCUGGAGAUUCUGAUCCGGAUGUUUAAAAAUUCCAGGGAGCUGAGCCUCACAAUGACCAAAACAGAGAGCCACCACCUCUUCUCCAACAUCACGGAUGUUUAUGAGGCAAGCAAAAAGUUCUUUGAGGAGCUCGAGGCAAGGCACCAGAACAACAUUUUCAUCGAUGACAUCAGUGACAUCGUGGUGAGGCACACGGGCUCCACCUUCGACCCCUACGUGAAGUAUUGCAGCAACGAGGUGUACCAGCAACGCACCCUGCAGAGGCUGCUAGCCACAAACCCAGCGUUCAAGGAGGUGCUGUCCCGGAUUGAGUCCCACGAGGACUGCAGGAAUCUGCCCAUGAUCUCCUUCCUCAUCCUGCCCAUGCAGAGAGUCACUCGUCUGCCCCUGCUGAUGGAUACUAUUUGCCAGAAAACCCCCAAGGAUUCAGCAAAAUACGAGAACUGCAAGCAGGCUCUGAAGGAAGUCAGCAAGCUCGUGCGUCUGUGCAACGAGGGCGCCCGCACGAUGGAGAGGACGGAGAUGAUGUACACCAUCAACUCCCAGCUGGAGUUCAAAAUCAAGCCUUUUCCAUUGGUUUCCUCUUCACGGUGGUUGGUGAAGAGGGGGGAAUUAACAGCUUAUGUAGAAGACACUGGACUUUUUUCCAAAAGAACCUCUAAGCAGCAGCUGUACUUCUUCCUCUUCAACGACGUCCUCAUCAUCACCAAGAAGAAGAGCGAGGAGAGCUACUCUGUGACCGGGUACUCGCUGCGGGAGCAGCUGCAGGUGCUGCCGGGCGCGGAGGAGCCCUGGCCCUGGCCCGGCCGGGGCGCUCCGGGGAUGCUGCACCCGGGCAGGAGCGCUGCUGCUCACCUCUUCAGACUCGUGCUGCUCAGCAACCACGCCGGGGACAGGGUGGAGAUGCUCCUGGGAGCAGAGACUCAGAGUGACAGAGCCCGCUGGAUCACGGCGCUGAGCCAGGACAGCGAUGGGGAGCACACGGACAGGACCACGCUGGCUCAGGUGGAGACCAUCAGGACGUACACAGCCAAGCAGGCCGAUGAGCUCUCGCUCCAAGUCGCUGAUGUGGUUUUGGUUUAUCAGAAGGUGAAUGAUGGCUGGUACGAGGGGGAGCGGCUGCGGGACGGCCAGAGGGGCUGGUUCCCCUGCGAGUGUGCCAAGGAGAUCACCUGCAGGGCCACCCUGGACAAGAACAUGGAGCGCAUGGGGCGCCUGCUGGGGCUGGAAACCAACGUGUAGCCUUGCCUCAGCCUCAGCCUCAGCCUGGGGCUGCUCUGGCCGGGACAGGGACGGCAGAGCCACAGCCCAGCAGCAGCACACAGGAGAGUGGCACAGGGGACAGCAGAGCCACAGCCCAGCAACAGACUGGAGACUGGUGCUCCCUUUUCUGCUGGCUGCACAGCUCCCAGCCAAGCCCUGGCCCCACCAGCAGCACCUUGCAGCAGUGUCCUGGGCACUGUUCUGCAGCUCCUGCCUCCUGACACACCUCUAUCAUCUGGGUUUGGGCAUCUGAGCCUGUUUUCAGCAGCAGAACUGGGGUGUGUGCUCCUGAUGCAGGACAGAGCCUGUGCUGUAGGACACUUGGCCUCCUGUGGCACCUGGACUGCAGGGAGCAGCUCUGGGCUCUCUGAAGGCUGACCUACCUCUCCAGUGCAGGUCCAGGGCCAGCCCCUGCCUGGCACCACCUCGCCGAGGAAUCUGCAGGCACAGCUCAGGCUGGCUCCAAGUCCUGCUGUGCUCAGAGGUCUCUGAAAGCCAGGAAAAGGUCCCACCCUGCUGUAGGGGCUGCUGCUCCAUCUCAGCACUGGUGUUCACUGCAGAGUGACUGCUGCAAGUGGGGCAGUUGUUUCUGGUUUCCUCAGGGGUCUGCUGAGCUCCUGCACUUCGCUUCAUGCUCCAGAACAUGAAAUGCACUCAAGGGUGAGCAGAGUUCAGGGCAGGUGGCUGCAGAGAGGAGUGAGAGUCUGUGAUAAAAACCCUUCCUCUUCAGGACCAGCUGCUGCCUCAGCAGCGUGGAAGUUGCUCACUAGAAACACGAAGACAACUUGCAGUACCAAGGCUUGGUUCCUCUGCAAGGGGAGGGUGCUGGGUUUUAUCCUGCAAGAAGCUGAUUUGAGUGGUGAGUGAGCUGGGUGUUUGUAAAGAGGUGUAGCUCUAAUAACUUAAACUGCAGUAGGAGGAUGGUAAUUUUGUACAAAAAUAUUUACCUGUGUGUGACAGUGGUUAUACAGCCUUGCAAAUUAAUUUAUAAGUGGACUGAUAAAAUAGAAAUGGGUGAAACUGUAAAUUGAACAAAGACCUAUUUAACAUAGCAAAAGUACUGCUACUGUUUUAACAAAUUUUGUUGUACACAUGCAGAUGUUUAACAUGUAACUGAAUGUAUAAAUCCAGACAUUAAUUUUAUUCAGAUUUUUUUAAUACACUGUAUAUAUUUUUCAUACCUAGUUUUUUCAAAAAUGCUGUAAUGUUUUGUAAAGACUUUUUCCUAUUGUUGGACACAGUUCUUCAGGAAUUAAAAGACUUCUAUGAUUUUAUAGGACAACAAUCAAUAAAAUGCUUUU